AUGGCAUCUUUAUUAGGAAAAUUUCAUUUUCUAUUUACAUUACAUUCUUCAGAACAGGAAACUAUUCUAACAGAAUCACUGCUAGAAAACGGACUUAUGCAGAUUUUCAAUUUACCCAACCAAAAUGGCAGACUGCUUGACUUAGCUUUUGUAAACAACGUGAAUUGCUGUGAAAUCCUCGAGCCGCCAUCACCUAUUCUGAGAAUUGACGUACACCAUGUUCCAUUUAUUUUAAUACUCGACGUUCGGAAUACCGAUAGUGAAAAGUCUCCUGACGUGUGGCAAUACGAUUUCUCUCGCUGCGACUACAAUGUUAUCAAUGAUGCCAUAGCAAAUAUUAACUGGCACAAUCUUCUCGAGCAUUGCCCUACUGACGAAGCAGUCCUUCGCUUCUAUAAUUCAAUUAAUCUUCUGAUCAACGAGCACGUACCUGUUAAAAAACUUCGGAAAAUGCCCAACAAUCAUCAACCGUGGUGGAACCCGGAAUUAAACCAUUCUCGCAAUCGACUAAGGAAAGCACGCAAACGGUUUUUCAAGCACAGAUCAGACCAUAACAAACAAUCUCUUCAUCAUCUCGAACAACAAUAUGAGGCAAAUCGGAAUGCUUGUUUCAGGGAGUAUAUAAAUAGGAUUGAAUCAAAAGUAAAACAAGAGCCUUCUUCGUUCUGGCAUUUCGCCCAAAGUCGCAAGCAUUUAAAAGGAAUUCCAUCAAACCUUUUAUAUCGUGAUAGAAAAUCAUCCAAAGCAGAAGAUUCUGUGAACUUAUUUGCUGAUUUCUUCAAAACUGUGUACUGCAACGACCCUCCGACAACGCAACGUGAAGCGAUCAGCAACGUAAGGAUGCUGAACCUGUUUUUACCUUCUAUAACAUUAUCGACCGGUGAAGUUGCAAGUGCUCUUGCCGCGGUAGAUUCCUCUAAAGGACCUGGUCCCGAUGGAUUGCCUCCAUUAUUUCUGAAGCAAUCUGCUACAGCUCUGGCGAAGCCGCUUACAAUGAUUUUUAACAGCUCUCUCACCAGUGGAGUUUUCCCUAGUAUAUGGAAGCAUGCGUCAAUUACACCAAUUCAUAAGUCUGGUAGCAGGAAUAACAUUGAAAACUACAGGGGAAUCUCGAUUCUGAACAGCAUUUCAAAAGUUUUUGAAAAAAUCGUGCACCAUUGGUUAUACUCAGCUGUUCAUAAUAGAAACGCUUACAAAUAG